CAUCAGUCUUCAAUGUCACCAUCACUGAUCUGAAUGAACAUGAUUCAGACACAUACUAUUGUGUAGUUGAUAUAGUCGGGUGGACAGAUAUCUACACUGAAGUGAAGCUGAAUGUUAGAGAAGACACAACUGAUCACAAAACAUCACCAACAACAACAACAACAUCAUCAUCCUUCUUAUCGUCUUUCUCAUCAGUUCAGUCAACACUGGUCACGACAUCAUCAUCCUCAACUUUCUCAAAAAUUCAAUCUACAAUCACGUCAGCAUCUCCUGUGACAUCAUCAGACUCUUUGUUGAUCAUGAGUUUGUCUGUGGUUCUGGUUCUGAUCAUCACUGGCCUGUUGAUGCUGACAGUGAUUCUCUGGAAGAGACAUCAGACUGCAGUGACAAGAUCUCACGCCGGUCCAGUAAACAAGGAGCAGCGGUUUUGACAGAUACAGAGGAAGUACAAAUGAGAAGUGGGCAUGUUUGUCACUUUCAGCAGCUGUAGCAGAAAACAUUGAAACCCACUGAUACUCCUGAACAGCUUCAGAUGAAGAAGACCAGAGAAGAUGAUUGAAUACGCGAGAAGAAUGAAGAUGCCGUUGACUUUCACACUGCUGAUGAUUUCUGGAGCUCUGAGCUUCAGUGUGAUGGGAUAUACAGGAGGAGCAGUCACCAUCACAUGUCCAUAUGACAGAGGAUAUACAAGUAAUGAGAAAUAUUUUUGUAAAGGUCAGAAGCCAGUUAUACCAAGGCCUGGAUGGUGUUUUGACGUCAUCAAGACUGAUAUUAAAGAUAAAAGAUUCUCUCUGUAUGAUGACACAACAGCAUCAGUCUUCACUGUCACCAUCACUGAUCUGAAUGAACAUGAUUCAGACACAUACUAUUGUGUAGUUGAUAUAGUCGGGUGGACAGAUAUCUACACUGAAGUGAAGCUGAAUGUUAGAGAAGACACAACUGAUCACAAAACAUCACCAACAACAACAACAACAUCAUCAUCCUUCUUAUCGUCUUUCUCAUCAGUUCAGUCAACACUGGUCACGACAUCAUCAUCCUCAACUUUCUCAAAAAUUCAAUCUACAAUCACGUCAGCAUCUCCUGUGACAUCAUCAGACUCUUUGUUGAUCAUGAGUUUGUCUGUGGUUCUGGUUCUGAUCAUCACUGGCCUGUUGAUGCUGACAGUGAUUCUCUGGAAGAGACAUCAGACUGCAGUGACAAGAUCUCACGCCGGUCCAGUAAACAAGGAGCAGAUUUCUCGAGCAUCUUGUGAUUACACCGAGAUUAAAGACAUCAGACGAGAUGAAGUCUGCACUACUGAUUCUCCUAACACUUUGUACGCCACGGCACAAUUACCCACAAUCCCCUCUGAUUCUCCUAACACUGUGUACGCCACGGCACAAUUACCCACAAUCCCCUCUGAUUCUGCUAACAUUGUUUACGCUGAAGUAAAACAGCCGUAAGUGGCUGUGUCAUAUCUGAUGGUCUCAAUUACGCAACGGUGAACUUCCAAAACAAAUAUGACGGUUCUGAUCCCGUCAGAUUGAGAAAUAAUCAGGAUCAGUAUUCUACUGUCAAUCAUUGAGAUACAUAAAUAUCAGAGGAAGACAGUAGGACAGACAGUGAGCAGCGUUAGUAAGAAUAAAUGAAAUGCUGGUGUGAUGCGAACAACUUAAGUCAGAUGUAUUGUAUUUAAAUCUGUUUACAGAAAAUAAGAGAAGACAGAAUGUUUAAGUGUUAUUUAUGUUCAUAUUUUUAAGUAUGCACUUUGGUUAGUAGAUGUUUUAUUGUGAGUUCUUGAAGUGUUAAGUCAAAGUUCCAUUAUGAUUUGGAAAACAUAGUUUAAUGACUUGUAGCUUCUCCUGUUUUGUGGUCUUCCCAUCCGUCGAAAGAGUUGAAAUGUUUGUCACGCAUUGUUGUAAAUGGCCCCGCAGGUCCUUCACAGUUGAGAUUUGUGUGUUGACUAUUUUAUAAUA